AUGGCAGAGAAGCUCGGCCUCCUCGCGUCGUUGUGGUCGGUGACGAGUUUGUCUGAGCUCGCCACGUGCUACCGAAGUGCUCUUUGUACUGCCGUUGAAGUCCAAAUCCACCUCGUCCUGAAGUGUGAACUACUAUAUUGUUACGUCAAUGAGUUUGUGAAGCGUGCUAGAGCUGCAAAGAUCCAUGUUUACAUAAUUGGCCAACUGAAGAAGGUGAUGCCUGCAAUGAUGGGGAAAGCCAAGGCUCAACAACGACUCAUUGACAACUUACAAGAUGAGUUUGCAAAGGUCCAGAGGGAGUACCACCUUCCGGCGGGCGACUUCCCCGAUGUGGAGCACUUCAAGCAGGUGCUGACCGGAUACAACAUCGACAAGUUUGACAAGAUCAAGCCCAAGAUGGUGCAGGACGUGGACGACAUGCUUGCGCACGACAUCCCGAACCUCCUCAAGAACUUCAGCAACCCUUACCAGUGA